AUGCAAGCAGCCGUUGAAGACUUUCACAUGCCAGACAAUCGAAUCUCAUAUCGUGGAUCUUGGCUUCUCUCAACACUCUUCACAUGUCACACAAGCGGCCGAGACUCACAUCCGAUGCCCGCUUCAAGACCAUCCCGACCGAAAACUCAAUCUAAUGAACAACUCCGCCGAGUCCGAGGCCGAUACUGCCAAGACCGAAGCAACCAGCAGCAAGAAGAAGACGACCUCAGACUCAGAUUCUGCUGACGAAAUUCGCUACAUCUGCUACGGCUCCGAGAAAGAAUCACCAUGGCUUCCCGCCAUCAAACAGCUUAUCUCCAAAGACCUUUCCGAGCCUUAUAGUAUUUACGUCUACCGCUACUUUCUCUACCAAUGGGGGAAGUUAUGCUUCUUAGCACUUAAUCCCCAAGAUGAACUCAUCGGAGUCAUCGUCUGCAAACUCGAACCCCACCGCGGAGGACCUCUCCGCGGCUACAUCGCAAUGCUCGCCACGCGAGAAGACCAACGCGGAAAAGGCAUAGCAAGUAAACUCGUUCGCAUGGCAUGCGAAGCUAUGAUUGAAGAGAAUGCAGAUGAAAUCGCCCUCGAAACCGAAACCCACAACCUCCCCUCCCUAAAAAUCUACGAAAAACUCGGCUUCAUCAGAUCGAAACGCCUUCACCGAUACUAUCUGAACGGCAACACGGCUUAUAGGUUGAUCUUAUAUUUGAAGGAUGGGAUUCCAUAUCAGCCGACUUUUCCGCCUAUGGAUUAUGGGCCGAAUUCUGCGGAGGGGGCGUUGUAUGGAAGUGGAGAGGAUCCGACGAAGGCUAUGUUGGGGAGCGAGGAUUUGAUUGAGAGGCAGGCGGCGCAGAUGAGGAUUGAGGAGGGGGGUAGAGGUGGGUGAUUUUGUGUUGUUGUGAGGUACUUGGGAGAAUUGAGUGAGCUGAUCAGAGGUCAUGGUUGAUUUUGGCGAACAGGCUUUGAUGGUGAGAUUGACUUUUGAGAUCGAGAGGAUUUCGACAUACAAGUUGCAGCACGGCGUGAAAGCAUUGCGGUGGUGGUUUUGGGGAAGCUAUUACGAUGAUCGAUACAAACUUUUGCAGCCCAAGAUUCUGAUCUCCUGGGCUAUGUAAUGCUGAA